AUGAAGUGUAUUCUGUUGAAUCAGGCUGAGGAGCUUCCCAUCGAGUUCCUCCCAAAAGAUGGGGUUUACGGGAAGGGAAAGCUGUUCGAUUCAAGGAACAUGGAGAUUGAGAACUUCACAGAGUCUGACAUUCUGCAGGAUGCACGGAGGGCGGCGGAGGCUCACAGAAGAGCACGCUACAGGGUUCAGAGCAUCGUAAGGCCGGGGAUAACGCUUCUUGAGAUUGUAAGGUCCAUAGAGGACUCCACCAGGACGCUUCUGAAAGGUGAAAGAAACAACGGAAUAGGAUUUCCUGCAGGGAUGUCGAUGAACUCCUGUGCAGCACACUACACAGUCAACCCUGGGGAGCAGGACAUUGUCCUCAAGGAAGAUGAUGUCUUGAAGAUAGACUUCGGGACACACUCCGACGGCAGGAUAAUGGACUCUGCCUUCACAGUUGCAUUCAAGGAAAAUCUUGAGCCUUUGCUGGUUGCUGCCAGGGAGGGGACGGAGACAGGUAUCAAGUCACUAGGGGUGGAUGUGAGAGUCUGCGACAUAGGGAGAGACAUCAACGAAGUCAUUUCGAGCUAUGAGGUGGAGAUUGGUGGGCGGAUGUGGCCAAUCAGACCGAUAUCGGAUCUCCAUGGUCACUCCAUAUCCCAGUUCAGGAUCCAUGGAGGAAUCUCGAUACCGGCUGUGAACAACAGGGACACAACAAGGAUCAAGGGAGACUCGUUCUAUGCAGUGGAAACGUUUGCAACGACCGGAAAAGGAUCCAUAGACGACAGGCCCCCAUGCUCGCACUUCGUGCUGAACACAUACAAGAGCAGGAAGCUCUUCAACAAGGACCUAAUAAAGGUCUACGAAUUUGUCAAGGACUCGCUUGGAACUCUCCCCUUCAGUCCCAGACAUCUGGACUACUACGGCCUGGUGAAGGGCGGAUCCCUGAAGAGCGUGAACUUGCUCACAAUGAUGGGGCUCCUCACCCCCUAUCCUCCCCUUAACGACAUCGACGGAUGCAAGGUUGCACAGUUCGAGCACACAGUAUAUUUAAGUGAACACGGGAAGGAGGUCCUUACAAGGGGCGAUGACUAUUAA